AUGACGUCGUUGGCCUUAUUUUGCCUUAUAGCGUUAAAAAUUGGAUGGCCUCAAAACUAUGUGGCUUUUGUAAAGAAAAAUGAAUUGGAUUCUCUGCAGUAUUUCGCGAAGUUCACACAUGAAACUAGUGAGCUGUCAUGCUUGUGGGCUGGAUUUCGAGCUUUGUAUUUUGCCCUAGUUGCUUUAACACUUGUAAAAAACAUUACCGAUUACCAAGUCGACGCGCAUCAUCGUCAACACAAUCGCUACAUUUAUCCGCCGGUUCCUCCAUAUCCACGUCUUGUCGCGAUACCUGAACCCGUAAUGGGUAACACGAACCCUGAUGAUCCUCCUCCGUACUCACAGACUCCGGAGAAACUGCAAAAGAAGAAACGCUUCCGCCUUGUUAUUCAGAAUGUGGUCGCAGCUCUUCGAGUUCUCCGAGCUCUACAUCAACUGAACGAACUGCCAAGCAAGAGCGGAAAGGCUCACGUGCGCAGAGCAGAACAAUAG